UCCGGUAUCGGUUCUACUGCGCGCUGGAAGUGUGGAUUAUUCGCGUCGCUCGUCGCGUUGGUUAGUUGCUUUUCGCUGGAUUUUCAGGCGCUCGGAGUUUUGUUGUCAUCGGCGAUACGCGCGCGUAGUCAAUGAAUGUGCUAUGUCCAUUGCACGCGGUCGUAAAUAUCGUUCAGUGAGUGCUGCCCGCGAAAGUGGAGUGAGUCAUUUUGGGGUUGUUGAUGACGUCUAAUGUUCUAGUGCUUUGAACGACGCUGUGGUUUUGAUGCGUGGCGAAAGCAUUGGUUCGGAUUAGGUGAUGAAUCGAAAUUGAUUGUGAAUAAUCGGUGAGAGUUGUAUCGUACCCUAUUUGGAUUUAUCGGAGGUUAAUAAACUGAAACAGAGCUCCGUCACUUGGGAUGAUUAGUGAAAACAAAUUACCGAUCCGAGAUACAUAGGUUGCAAGGAUAAUUGAGUGUACAAUUCGAAAUAAUAAGACUGGUUUGCAUAUCUUACCGCAAAAGACAGAUGACGAAUGAAAAAAUUUCCGGAUUCCAUAGCCGUCACGAAUCCAAAGAGUGAGCAACCAACUUUUCCCAACGAACAACUAGAACGGGUUGAUCACUUCACACCAUCUGCCAUUACACGGAGGGCUGCUCCUCUGGAGCUCUUCAACGCCAACUCAAUGCCGUGUGACUGCGAUUCCAGGCUGCAUCCUUCACUCUGCAUUCCACAUCACGAAUAAAAACAUUACCCCGGGAAAGGCGAACAGUCCGAUUGUGCAUUUGCGCUUAUGUUUUUUUGUCCCUAAUUCGAACCCCACAAAACGUACUGUUGACGGGAAAACGACCCACUGAGUGAUUCACCCUUGCCAGUUCCAAUCGCGUUGGCGGGAAAACUACACAGCGCAAAAGUAUCGCCAUCAAGUGGAGUCGUUGUUUGAAUUCUAAAAAUACUCACGUGUUCCUUCGCAUCUUGGAGUGGGUCCCGCUUGUGGCACAGGGGAUGAGAAAAACGUUGCAGUUGUUGUUCAGUGAAUGGACUCCUGAUGGGAGUUGAAUUUUUCGCAAAACUCUCUCGUGCCCUGCCGCCGACGCCACCGUCCCCACAAAGUUACCAUCAGAUCGGUGGUGUUUCUGCUGUUCGUACAUGCGGAAGGCAAGUAGUUUGUGGGUAUCCGCUGUAAACGACCUGGGUGACAACUGAGCUUUGAAAACAAACCCUGGUCCUGGUAGUGGUAGAAGUUGUACUCUCGAAACUCGUUUCAAUUCGAAAGAUUGUGAAUAAAAAAGUGAGAUUUCAAGCCACAAAGCGACCGCCUCAGGGUAAACGAAAGCAAAAUCGUGUGUUUGUGGAAUGUAAUAUAGAUGUGCGAAAUUCUCCGGCUGGUUUGUUAGAAGAUAAAACGUGUGGAAAACCCAGUGCUUGCAGGGAGCGAAAACUGUCGCAAGGGAAGGAAGUGCAUCCACGCAAUUCAUCGUGCAGAAUCAUCAACGGAUCCGGCUCUCAAUGAAAGGAGAUUAAAAUGUAUGUGCUGAUGAAAGUUUAAGUGAAAAAGUUUUUCCUCAUUUCCUUGUGAAUCGGAUUGUGUCGGGACUUUGGUUUUGUUGGGCGAAAACGUGAAUACAAAUGUGCGAAAUCCUCUCCUGUCAGCAGCUUCGAGCGACCAGCUUUGCCAGCUAGUGCAACUUCCACAGCUCCUUGCAUAUUUAAUCAUCUGUGUAAACAUCAUAAAUAUAGACAGCCAUCCAGCCAUCGUCUCGCCGGACUGCGACCGGGACAAAUCCGACUAAAUCAACUAGGGACAAAGUGGACGCGACACGCCGGAAGUGCUCAUGCUGGUACUGUGCAAUACUUGCCAUCCCGUACCGAUUCUGAAUCCCACCAAACGACUCAAAACUAUAACGAAACAGUGCUGAAAAUAAAACGAUUUGUACCUAAAAGACAACCCAGUGCUGAUGGCUUAGUUGCGAAACAGUUCAACUGGAGUCUUCAUUCGGAGGAGGAUAUUCCACAACCGGCAUCUCAUUGGUCCGGAGAAGCAACCGAUGUGUACGGAUUUGCGGCCGGCCGGAGUUGGAACAACUCAUUAAAUAAAGAACGAGAUUCGUACUGACAUCGACAAACUUUUCCCAUCAACCACCGUACACCGUAACGGCAGACCAUCUCUCACGAAGGACACCAUUAGGCAAACUCGCUCGGUGGAAUGCGCUUCGGAUGUAGUGACUCCGUAAACAUCCAUCGCGGGGCUUGAGUUAUGAGGAGAUUCUACAUCAUCAGCAAACCCCACUCGGCCCCGGAAACACCCAAAGCUUGUCAAAACAAAGGGCACUUCUUCGUCAACGAGCGAGCGAGCGCGACGUGAGCAGGAUGCGACUUCCGCUGGCGAGAUUCAGCUGAGAACAGAAACACCGCGCGACAAACUACUUCUGCCAGCGCCUUUCGCCAAUAAACUACUAACAGGCAGAUUUGUUCAGCUGGCUCGGUGCAAGAAACUGCCAAACAAUGAAAGUUUCUUAUAAAUUAUCGCAUUUCCUCAAUCUAUAUUUCAUUUUUGCGACAGCGACAACACUUUCGACGAGCGCUGCCAAACAGCCCUUGACGACGGCGAACGGUACGGGGAUUGAUGGCGCUGAACAACAUCCCUUGGCUGCCCCGAGCAUGGGAAUGGGCGGUGGGUUGACUGCUGGGCGGGGUGGCUCAUCAUCUCCUCCCUUGCCGCCGGUCCUGGCAGCAUCCUUAACGGUGCGAGAUAAAUCAGGACUGGAACGAGAACCCAAACCGGUUAAUCAUCAUUUUUCCUCCUCGAGUUCGAUACUGUCGAAUGCUAAAGGGUCGUCACCAUCGUCGUCUGGUGGGGUAGGAGAGCCCUCGUCGGGCAGAAGUCGAUCGAAAGUGAAUUUUAAUAUUUUGUACGAGAGCAGUGGGCGGGCCCGGCAGUCGGAUGUUGAUGAACCCUCUGAAGAGGCGGAAGGUGCCGCUAGUAGUGGCGUCAAUCGAAACAAUGAACCGGUGUUGAGUGUGUCGAGACAACAGCAAAGUGUGGUUGAUGAGGAAGAUGAGUAUGAUUAUGGCGACGGUAGAGGUGAUAAUUAUGAGGAUGACAAAAUAAUCAAUCCGGCGACGGUGGAUAACUUUUUCGACAAGAACUGGGAUGGGGGAGGUCGAUUCGGGCACACGGCAACCACCAAGUCAGAUUACGACGUAGACGACGACGACGUGGAUGAGGACAGUGACGAGGGGGAUGACAUUGAUGAGGACUCCUACGGGGAGGGUGGUGAUAUUUUGCCGGUGGAUGGGGCGUUCGCUAGUUUUGGGAAAACUGGCGAAGAGACCGAGGUGAAAAGUGAUAGCACGUUGCCUUAUUUUCUGGUGGAACCGCAGAGUACUCAUGUGAUACGAAGUAAACCGGCGACUCUCAAGUGCAAGGCGGCUAAUGCGUUGCAGGUGCACUUCAAAUGCAGCGGCAGCAACAAGCCACCACCGUCGGUCGAGGAAUCGCACGUGGACCCCCACAGCGGCGUUCACUAUCAGGAAGUGACCGCCACCGUUUCGCGAGAUUUGGUGUACGAGUACUUCGGGAAACCGCCGUUCAAGUGUGAAUGCCAUGCGUGGUCUCCGCGGGGGAAAACCAUCAGCCAGCCGGCUUCCAUCGUUGUUGCUUAUCUGAAAAAGAACUUCAUCCUCCCCUCAACAAAGCUACGCGCCGAGGCCGGCACAAAGCUGGAAAUUAAAUGCGCUGCCCCGAAGGGCUAUCCCAAGCCUCAAAUCACGUGGUUGAAAAACAAUUUCACCCUCUCCAGCAGUCCGCUGCUCUCGUUCAGCUCCGAUGGAAACAUCCUGAUAAGUGCCGUUAAACUACAGGACAUCGGAAACUACACAUGUGUCGCGGAGAACAUCGCCGGCAAACGGACAUCGGAAGCGAUCGAACUAAUCGUUUACGUGAAUGGCGGAUGGAGUCAAUGGAGUGCCUGGUUGGAGUGCCGCUGUCCGGGGAAGCCUGCUCAAGGAAGAAAACGAACGCGUACUUGCAGCGAUCCGAUUCCGCUAUACGGUGGCUCACCCUGUAUUGGACCAAACCAACAAAAGACGUUGGAUUGUGAUACGUGUCCAGAAGAUACCCAAAUUAUAACACCUAAUGGUUUCGAAGAUAACACAUUUGUUCGUCGCUGGUCCUCCUGGUCCACGUGGAGCGUCUGUUCGAGCAAGUGCGUUCAGGUGCGCCGCCGAAUUUGCCGUACGCAAAAUCUGGACUUCUACGAGAAGGCGCUGGUGAAGCACCAUCAACAGUUGGCAGCCCUGAUGGAUGAGCGCGUCGGUGUCGACCAGGACGAUGGAGGAGGGGGCAGCAGCACCAGCAGUGGUUUCGGUUGCCCCGGAAAGGAUAUCCAGUCGAUUGUGUGCCGAGGUGGCGAAUGCAAAAUUGAUGAGACAGCGUCUGAUUGGAUUUUCUACCUUGGCCUUGGGUUCAUCGUCACUUUGUGCAUCACUUUCUUCGUGUUCCUGGUUCACAUCCGCCACCGACAGAAGAUUCCUACUUACAGCAUCUCAAGAACCGCGCCGGAUCAGCAUACCUACACUCACGAGUUUCAGAAAAAGCUUACACACAAUUCGAACAUUAUGCCCGAUAUCAACAUCAGAGUGAACAAUUACGAAUACUCCAAUGGCAGCACGAUGGAAGCCCCAAAAAUUCCAGGUCAGAAUGUACCUCUGCUGCUUCCGAGAUCAGUUUCCACCGAACAUCAUUACGAUGAACCGCAAUUUGCCUCAAGCUAUUCGAGGCCUAUUGAUGGCAAAAACCACGAGAAGGCUAAUCUGUAUCACCAACAGCAGCAGCAACAAAAACAGCCACAACAAUACCAACAGAAGCAGCAUUUGUAUCACCAACAACAGCCGGCCCAUCACCACCCACCGGCAGCGUCACCCGCUCCAACCGCGACUUCUAGUCUGAAAAGCUCCCAUCAGCAUCAGCAACAGCAGCAGCUGCAGAAGCAGGCAACCCUACAAAGCCAACCGUCGGCGCCACCCUCACAGAAGAGUGGUGGGGGAGGCGGUCAAUACAUGAGCACGGAAUCAUUAACCAGCAAUACCAAUACAUCCAUCUCGACUUAUGCCGUUGCCACUACCGAAUCCCUCGACACCUCCAGCUCCAAUGAAGCCAUGUUCAAAUCGAACAGCAUGCGCCAGGUGGUCACCUCGGACGGAGGUUGGCUUGAGCUGGAUCACCUCCAAACGUCGCUCUCGAUCCCGGAAGGAGCCCUCCCGGAAACGCUCAAAAUCAACGUAUUUCUCGCCGUCAUGUACGAUUCCAAAGAUACCAUUCUAGUCGAAAACCAAAUCACUCACAUAAGCCCGACCAUUGUGUGCGGCCCCGCCAAGAGCAGCUUCUCCAAGCCACUGAUCCUAAAGGUUCCUCACUGUGCCGAAGACAUCAGCAAUUGGAAGAUCUCCCUUUUCUACAAGGAAGAGGUGACGAACUGCUGGAAAAAGAUCGCCUCAUCCGAAAACGAUGUCCCCAGUCCACAGGCGUACAUUCAACUCGAUCUGAAAAACGCCUACAUCAUGACUCGAAAGCUGGGAAAGUACAUCCUCGGAGGUGAAAAUCUUUCACCGGACGUCACCGUCAUGAAGCGGCUGAAGAUCUACAUGUUCGGUCCGAGUCGGAAGCCGGAGACUGAUUUUAACAUUCGCGUGUACAUCUUGGAAGAUUACCCCAGCGCGUUGGAGCACUGCUCCAUAAUCGAAAACCGCAUGGGCUACUUCAUGAUAGGCCAAAGCUCGCCGUUCCACUUUCUCAACAACAAACAAAAUCUGGUCCUACGGAUCAACUGUUCCGGGGGGUGGAUUUCCAAGGUGGACACUGCCACGCAGCGGAUUCCGUUCAAUCACGUGUGGAAGAACAUGUCAAUUUUGCACUGUGAGUUCAUGCUGCAGAAGCUGCUCAACGAGAUCCCCUGCCUGCGGGUGGAACUGGCCGCUGAACAGGAGAAUGGGUCGAAGGUUCUGAUAACGUCGGUGGCGUUCUCGUGAUAGUAUAUACGAACGGCACUGGAAAAGCUGUUGACGAUCUAGUGACGACCGGUUUUGAAUGGUAUUCAUCUCUGUAGCCUCUGACGGUGUAGUGAUAUUAUCGAAAGCAUGGAUAAACGCGUAGACUUAAGUGACCGUAAAGUAGGAAAAUAUUUAUUGAAUACAUUAUGAUGGAUACGAUGGAGCGGAGGUAGGACUUGUAUAAUGAAUCGAAAAUGUUUAUCGACAGUUACAGUAAACUUGUUACGAUGAGAAAUCAUUCACAAAUUCAGUUGAAAAAAGCACGCGAAAAAGAAAACGACAAAAAUGUGAAAUCGACGAGUGUUCAAAAAUUCGAAAAGUAAAACUGUGUAGAUUAAAUUUGUAGUUGUUUAAUAAGACUGAUCGUAAGGAACAAUAAAUUGAGUUGAAAAGUAA